CACACAGCAGGAAGAAUUAUCCGCCUUUGCGAUAAGCCACAGGAGAAGCAAACCUCUCAGAAUGCACUGACAUUCAUCAUUUAACUGACCCGUCAGCAGAUCAAUUCGUGCGACUGCGACUGUGAACAUGCAGAAGCCAUCCCAGACAUCACCGGGAAGUGUCAGCUCCAACCGGCCGUUGAGUGCUCCUGGAUCACCAGGUUCAACAAUAUGUGCGAAGAUGGAUAACCAGGUGUUGGCCUAUAAAGAUCUGGCUGCAAUCCCGAAAGACAAGGCAAUACUGGAGAUUGAGCGGCCAGACCUGAUGAUCUACGAACCACAUUACAGUUACUUCUGUGCAGAGAGACCGGAGCCAGUGGGGUCUGCUGAGCGCUCACAGUCACCACGUCCGAUGUCUCCUCUCACCUACCCUGAGUACAUGAUGUAUAAGGAGAGCCGGGAAUGGGCAGAUGGGAAGUCUCCGGGAUCCACGAUGGGAUCGGCCUGCAGUCGCCGUAGCUACCUGUCCACUGGGAGUCUCCCACACCACUUCCACAGGCCAGAUAUCGGCACCAAUAUGUACAGGAAGCGACCCAUCUACAAGCAGAAUGAACCAUUGACAGUGCUUCCACAGAGUAAAUACAUCGAGGAUCUCAUCAUUGAAUCAUCAAAGUUCCCGGCUGCCCAGCCUCCAGAUCCCAACCUCCCGGCGAAGAUUGAGACAGAAUACUGGCCUUGUCCUCCCUCGCUUGCUGUCGUAGAGAAAGAAUGGAGGAAAAGAUUCCCUUCGAAGGAGGAUGAAGAGGAUGAUGAGGAGGAGGAUGAUGAGAUGAAACAACUGCGUGAGAUCCAGAGGAAGGAGCUGAACAAGAUCCAGUCCGGACUGGGCAAAUUGAUCUUGAAGGAGGAGUUGGAGAAAUCCAAGCCGCGAGGGAGGAAAUCACGUUCACUUCCAGACCGAACCACAAGGAGUUUCUCUCCUCAACAGUCAACAUGUAAAUCACCCUCGCUCCCCAUCCAUGGGAGGAACAGUCUGGACAGGCUGCAGUCCGCAGACUUUGUUACACCGCAGAGACCGGAGAGAAGGAGCAAUGCUGCAGAUAUCCAGAAUGGUGAUACGCAGUCAGGGAGGAUGGACAGAGGCACAUCUUUGCCCACAAUGUUGGAACAAAAGGUUUACCCGUAUGAAAUGCUGAAAGGAAGCAGGAGUAUGAAUCUGCCCCCGGGAGUGGACAGGCCCCGGCUGGAGAGACAUCUGUCCCCCGAGGAGUUCCAGGAGGUUUUCGGGAUGACAAUUAAAGAGUUUGAUAAGCUUCCCCAGUGGAAGAGGACUGAUCUGAAGAAGAAGGCUUGUCUCUUUUAAUGUGCUUGAAGGGUGGGAUGGAGAAUCCUGACGUUGGCUGCUUUGCUAAAUGGUUGUUGCUGCUCCAAUAUAUCACUCACACACGACUCAACUUUAAAGCGUUUUUCCUUUCCACGUGUGUUUUUUUUUUCUCUCCUCUUCUAUUUUCAAAUAUCCUGGGUUGGAAACCCUGGUGAUCUCACGAUGGUAUUUUGGUUUGGUUUGGAUUGGCUGUGCUGCAUACAUCCCCCUCACCACAAGCCGAAAGUGAACUGCGACCGUGAUGAGCUCCACAUGUAUCCAAUCAGUCCCUGAUGUCUGAGUUGCAGUGCGGUUUGGCGUGUGAUCAGCCCUGUCUGCAACGCAUUGCGUUCCUGGUGGAACAGGCUUCCGAAGGGCUGAAUGGCCAGUUCAUCCGCAGCACUGACACUUCAGCGUUUGUCCUCUUCAGACAUUUCGCUCAGCUCUGAGCCAGGAACAAUCCAGAGUCUGCUUCCCCUCUGGACCGAAUCACUCAACAACUUGAAAUCGGAAGCCGAACUUCCUUCUUCAGAUGUUGGGAAAACCUGGGGUCCGAUGCUUUCACGUUUUGUGCACCUCGCAUCUUUGACAAAUCCACUCCCGCCAUCGAAAGACUCACGCAAAGGAUCAAAGUCGGUCCGAUCCGGAUAUGGAAGAAGGGGGCAUGAAUUCAUCCAAAUAUCAAAACUAAUCUAUAUUUCAAAGAAAAAUCUAUUUAUUCUCUCUGCUGCUAUUGUUCUUAGUCCUGAGGUACAGUGAACCAUGGUUAGCUGUAGGUCUGUGACUGUGAGGUACAUGGCACACACCUCUGCCUCUGCUGUGCUACUGCACCUCACAGGAAGGACUGGAGACUGAGCGUGUUAUUCCAUUUGAGUGCCUCCUGUCACCCUGACAUUGACUUGCAAUAUUAUGGUCUGGACUGUUUCUGGAGUUGACGAAGAAAGUGUAGUUUGACUUCUUGGCCAAAUCAAAGGACAAGGUGGAGAUAAUGUCUCCCAGAACAUGCUCUGGUUUCUCCACCUGAUCUGAAGAACAGUGACAAGUCCUCAGGGUGUUGGUGAAUGGGCUCCUGAUCUGCCAUCACAUAAUUGGGCCCAGGUAUUUAUCAAUGAUUAGUACACCCAAAACACAUAAGGCCCAUCCACCCCUAAACUGCUUUGUAAUCACCCCCUGAGUACCUGUUAUAUAUCUUGUGUUUAAAAUAAAUACAAUUCUGUUUUAUA